AUGAGGCAUCAUUUGUUGCUUUUGAUGUUCCAUGAAAGCUUGCGUGGUUACGUGAACUUAAGUGCAAAUAAUCUUUACACAUGCAAGGCCAAAGAACAUAUGCCCAUGAGAAAUUCGACUUUAAUGACAGAUUCUUACUUCCCAAGUGUAAAAAAUGUAAUAAGCAUAAAACUUUUAAGUGAUUUAAAAUCUAAUUUACUUUUUGCAAUUGAACCUAAAGCCUUGACUCCUUGUUUACCGUUUUCCUCUAACAUUUAUCAUGAACUCACUAUAAGAAGCAUAAAAUGUGAAGGGUUACAUGUUAUCGGAAAGGAAACACGGCAUGGAAUGUUGAACAUUUUCGAGUUAUUUCCUGUAACCUAA